GAACCGGCGAAAUUGCAUUUGUCUGCCAAUUCGAAAAGAUUCCUCAAAAAGCGCCAGUAAUGAACUCCCCGCUGAAACAUGGCUGCCAACUGCCUGUCCAAGGGAAGCCUCAUCCAAUGGCAGACUAUCAGGCCAUCGGGCAGUCGGAGUUGGAGCAGCUUUUCGGGAAGAAGUUUCAGUACCAAAAGCCUAGGGGAAAUGAUUCCUGGCAGCUGCCUCCGCCGGAUCAAGCUCUCUUCGGCGAGUUCUACCAAUACGAGGCGCUCCAAGGACUUCGGGAGCAACUGAAUGCAGUCAAGAGCCGGCUGAACGACUAUGGAGUGCAGGAGUGGAGUGCCCACACCAACCGCAGAGAUCCCUCCGGCGAGGUGUCCUGGCGCCUAAAGAACGAGACGAAGGCGGAAUUUGUCACCGUGGCCUGGUGUAAAUUCUUUGAGUGCCUGCACCGGUAUCCCCUGGUCAAGGGUCCCGUGGUAAAUACUCUGCAUCUGUGCGAGGCACCGGGAGCGUUUAUUGCAUCCUUGAAUCACUAUCUGCAUAGUACUUAUGCCGAAGAGGAGAUUAAAUGGCGCUGGCGCUCCACCACCUUGAAUCCUUACUAUGAAGGCAAUGCCUUGAACGAGAUGAUCACCGAUGACAGGUUCAUCUUCCACACGCUGGACAACUGGCUUUUCCACAAGGAUCUAACAGGCAACCUCCUAGAUGUGGCCAACAUAGAUCACUUGGCGAAGCGCUGUAAGGAGGACUUCCAGGAUCAAGUGGAUCUAGUCACCGCCGAUGGGUCCAUUGAUUGUGCUGCCCAGCCCGACUGCCAGGAGGAGAUAGUGGUUCGCCUGUUCUUUGCCGAGGUGCUUAGCGCCUUGAAGAUCCUAUCUGCAGGUGGCAGCUUCCUGGUGAAAAUGUUUACGCUUUUUGAGGCAUGCAGUGUCUCGCUUCUGUACAUGCUCAAUUGCGUCUUUGAGCAAGUGCACAUCUUCAAGCCCGCCACAUCUAAGCGUGGCAACUCGGAGGUGUAUGUUAUUUGCCUAAAUUACCAGAAGGACACGGCAGCUGGUCUGCCCCGCUUGCUGGAGGAGUUGCAGGCCAAGUUGGCGCAACCGAAUGACACCAUGGUGAUGCCACUGUUUGCCAGGUCACAGAUUCCCACGGACUUUCUAAUGCAGCACGAGAUUGCCUGUAGGUUGUACAUGAAGCUCCAGUCGGACGCCAUCGAGGGUAGCAUCUAUGCGUACGAGUCCAAGGAUCGCCACUACCUGAGACAUCUCCAUCACCUACGUGGCCUCGUCUCCAGCACCUACUACAGCCGCUACAAAGUCAAGCCUUUGGCGGACAGCCUUUGCAUUGUGGACAAGGAGGCCACCAGCAAGGCUCUGGGCUUUUCGGUGCCUGUUUACGGAGGUUCCUACACCGAGAGGGAGAACCUGAAGCAUGGUGAUCUUCUCAAGCAGAUCUACUGCCUGCGUCGGGAGUUCAACCAGCUGGAAAAGUGCCCCAGCGGCAAGGCCUCUUACUCUUACACCUCCAAUCGAACUUCGCCUUUGGAGUUGCGUGUCUCCAGAGGAGCGGAGGUGCAAAGCCUGCAGAGCAGCAUGUUUGCCUCGGAGCCCAUACUCCUGCUGCGUCUGCGCAUCCGCGAUACCUUUGAUCUCGAUCCGGUUUGGCAAACUGCUCCCGAAUGUCAACUGGAGAACAAAAUACUCAACUACCAGCCACCUUCAGGGGAAGAAAGCUAUCACUCCGCCCAGCGUCACUUCUUUGUGGAGCUCUUGGAAAACAUAAGAGAUCUGCAGCCCCAGAGCAUCGUCUUCCAGAGGUUUACCUUUCUCACCCACUAUGCCGCCUCCCUGCUGCUGUUUCUCAUGGAAACCCUUUACCAGGACUCCAGUUUUGAAAGCAAUCCCACGCAUUCCCUUACUCUCAGUAAACCCAAGACCACAGAUGGCAAGGAGCUAAGCCAGGUGCUGGAGCUACUCAAGGAUGAGCAAGCGGGGGCCAUUCACAGCCUGCUGGACAUCAAGGAGCUGCAAAAGAACCAGUUUAGCAACGCUUUGAUCCAGCACAACAACGGCGUGCUGCUGACCUGCUUCCGUGGCAUGCUCGGCGAGGAGGCCUUUCCCAUGCCCCUGGCCAAGACAGAGCCCGAGGUGGCCAUCCUAAAACCCAGCGCUGUUCUUUUAACAUAACGAACAUGUAUUUCUUCUCAUUUUGCAUAAAAUUACAGUGCUACUUUUA